AUGGCUCAGAUACCGCCGCCAGGUCGGGAAAGACUUGAUUCCUCUGAUGGCGCUCUGUUCCCCAAUCCCGUUCUGCGGGUACAAGAGCCAGUCAUUCUGUCAGGUGACACAUCUAUGAGAGAAACCCCCGAUGUCUCUGCAGAUAUCGACAGCCGCUUGAAAAUCGAAAGCCCGUCGGAUGAUGAAGAAGACGAAGACAGCUUGUUAUCUGACACGUCUUCCGAAGCCCACGAGCCUCUCCCACCAUCCAAACGUGGUCUGCCGAUUUCCAAGCUACCCACAGGCCUAUGCUACGAUGAACGCAUGCGAUACCAUGCUGAAGUGGCGGCAAUGAGCGUCGAAAAUGUGCAUCCCGAAGAUCCCAGGCGGAUAUACUACAUUUACAAAGAGCUCUGUGAGGCCGGAUUGGUUGAUGACAAGAAGCACCCGCCGGUGGUGGAGAUGCCCUUGUAUCGAAUCCAUGCCCGCGAAGCUACGAAGGACGAGUGCCUUCUGGUUCACAAGGAAGAGCAGUAUGAACUGGUCAAGGAAACCGCGGCAAUGAGCGACGAAGAUCUUAUCGAUCUUUCGGAGCGUUACGACAUGGAUUCAAUCUACUUUAACCAGCUAUCGUUCUUCUCUGCCAAACUAUCCACAGGUGCAGCGAUUGAGACAUGCCGAGCUGUAAUGUCGCGAAAGGUAAAGAAUGCGAUCGCUGUCAUCCGGCCCCCGGGUCAUCAUGCCGAGAUCGGGAGGCCCAUGGGGUUUUGUCUUUUCAACAACGUCUCCAUUGCUUCUAGAGUCUGCCAGAAUGAUUUCGGGGAGGAAUGCAGGAAAAUUCUGAUUGUGGAUUGGGACGUCCACCAUGGCAAUGGCUGCCAACAAGCUUUCUAUGAUGACCCCAACGUUCUCUACAUUUCCUUGCAUGUCCAUAUGAAUGGGCAGUUCUAUCCCUCAGGAAAUGAAGGUGACAUGUAUCACUGUGGCAUUGGCGCUGGCGAGGGAAGAAAUGUCAAUAUUCCCUGGCCCACGAAGGGCAUGGGCGACGGCGACUACAUGUACGCGUUUCAAAACGUCGUAAUGCCCAUCGCCAAUGAAUUUGACCCUGACUUUGUCAUCAUUGCCGCGGGCUUCGACGCCGCUGCCGGAGAUGAGUUGGGUGGCUGUUUCGUCUCACCGCCCUGCUAUGCGCAUAUGACGCACAUGCUAAUGUCCCUUGCCGGAGGGAGGAUUGCCGUGUGUUUGGAAGGAGGCUACAACUUCAGCGCUAUCUCGAAAUCCGCACUCGCGGUCACGCGUACGUUGAUGGGUGAACCACCUGAUCGCCUGCAAGCCACAGCGGCCACACAGAGUGCGGUGGAUACCGUGGCGAAAGUUCGAAAUGUCCAGUCGAGGUACUGGAGAAGUAUUUAUCCCAAGGAGCCGGUCGGCGGAAUAUUUGGUGGAGAGAGAUUGCAUGACAUCAUCCGCCAAUAUCAGGCCAUGCACCUCUAUGACCAAUACAAGUUUACCCAACUUCAUGUCUACCGCGAUACAGUGUCAAAAUCGUUCGACCAGCAGGUCCUCGCAACACCCAACUACGAGAGCAAGAAAGCUUUGAUGAUCAUAUUCCAUGACUCGCCUGAUCUUCUCAGCUCCAACAAUGGCUUGUCCACGCAACAGAAACCCCAUGACACAUGGCUUGUUGACGGCACACAGUCGUACGUCCACUGGGCAGCUUCCCACGGCAUGGGUGUCAUAGACGUCAACAUUCCCGAGUACAUCAGCAUUUCUCAUGCCGACGAUAACAACUUCCAAUCAGAAAACUAUCCACAUGGCUUGUCUAUGACAGAUGUCGAGUACGCCUCCACCACGACCGACCUGGCAAGAAAAGAAGGCGAGAAACUCGCCUCGUACCUCUGGGAAAACUACAUCGAACCCUACGAAUUCCCCUGGGGAAUCAUGCUCAUGGGGGCGGGCCACGCCUUCCACGCCAUCGCGAAAUUGGUGUCGGAGAACGAGCACGUCUACCCAACCUUGCUGGGGAUAGUGUGUUUCAUAUCCACCCAGCCGAUCCGGCCCAUCAGCAACCCUGGGGGAAACCAUUGGGUGAGCCAGUGGUAUCGGGAAAACUCGCUGGUGUUUGUGAGUAGCCGGCACAGUCUGUGGAAGAAGGAAAAAGAAGGCGGCAAAGUCAGCAAGCGGUACGGACGGCUUGUGAGGUCCGAGGGCGAGAUUUUGAAUCAGAUCAUGAUGCAGCACAGGGAACAGGUCUGCCAGUGGAUAUUUGACAAGGUCAGCCAGCGGAGGGACGAGAUGAGAGGGAGUUCGGCGGAGGUGGAGGAGACUGCGGAGGAUGAGAAUGCGGCAAUGGUGGACGAGCAUGGAGAUGCAGAACGGAGCAGGGAUAGGGAAAGGGGCAGGGAUAGUGAUGGCGAUACCAUCGAUGACCCGGCCACCAUGGAGGCUGAGCAGGUUCCCCGAGCCGCGCAGACUGGCGACCUUACAACACUGACCGCCGUUGGCGCAGCGGGUAAUGGAAAAGCAGCAGCCAGUCGUGGGUUUCUCGACACCUCCACAGCAGCAGUAGCGGACGCGACAACAGCAGCGCCCGAAGCAACGGCACCACCAACAUCAGCGGCAGAUUACCCACGCUCAGCAUCCGCUGAUGCCGGCGGCGAUGUGUACAUGAAGAUGGUGCUGUGA